ACAAAGACACUACAGUCAACUUAAGAAAAGAGUGGAUUAAGAUUGUAUGCUGCCUAGACUGCCUAUGUGUGGGUGUCUCAAUCUCUCCAAUAUGAUACCUGUUUUACUUUUAACGUCGUUGGGUAUUUAAACAAAACAUUUGGUUUUGUAAAACUAAAAUAAAAUUUUGCAUAGAAAAAAAUCCCAUUUAGAAAAAUGUGAAAGCAGAUGUUGUAGCCGUAGGCACAUUUCCUUUCUGUCAUUUCACGUCGUCUGCACUCUAUGGUUUGUUUGUAUCUGUCAUCGGUCGAAGUGGUGAGCUCCCGAUCGACUGUCAAAUGGAUUGUCACACAAGCGCAAGAAAUUAAAAAUUAUGGAAGGCGAAGUUAGGCCACUUCUUCUAGAUCCACCAUGCAACCCAAUGUUCAUUCUACCAUGGGACCCCUUACGUGCUCAAAAAAGUGGACUGUUAAUUCUUUUCUCGGUUACGUUGGAAAGACUGGCAUAUUUUGCAGUUGUUAUGAAUCUUUUUCUCUUUCUCAACAAAGGACAACCUGAGUUUCAGUCGUGGGAGCCCAUUGAAGCCCUAACUGCAGUGUUUGUUAUUCACGGAGUAUCUUGCAUUUGUUCCCCUAUCGGUGGCUGGCUGUCAGACUCCUUAAUUGGACGAUACUGGGCUGUCAUAACAGGCUAUGGGGUUGGGUUAAUGGGUUAUGCCCUGUUAACAGCACUUUCCAUCAAUGGAUUAACAUCAAUGGGCUGUGACUGGAAGUCUGAAAAUGACAGUCUUGUUACAAAUACCAAAUUUCACUGGCUAAUUCUGGGAAAAGAAUCACAUCCCUGUUCUGCCCAUGUUUACAUUAUUCUGGUUUUGAUUGGUUUUGGAGUUGGAUUCCUAAGAGCUAAUGUUCCACCCUUCGGGGCAGAACAAGUAAGGGCAGGAGGAGACAAUGCUGUCAGACAAUUUUUCAAUGCAUAUUAUUGGUGCAUUAACAUUGGCGGAUUGAUUGGAAUCGGGGUUUUGGCAUACGUGGAACAAAAUCUGGAAGAUGGAUUUUUCAUUUCGUAUCUCAUUGCUACUACUGCCUUAUGUGCCUCUCUUAUCAUUUUCUGCGCCGGAAAGGGUUUCUAUAUAGUGCAUCGCCCUGGGAACUCGGUGAUUAUCAAUGUCUUUCGCAUCUUAGGUGAAGCAUUUUACAAUACCUGCAAGAAACGAGACAGCGUCCAGGGUUCUCCUAUGUUUAGACGACAAUCUCAACAGCCCGUCGCCCUUGCUUCUCUUACUGGAUCAUCUUGGGUCGAUCGCGCCAAAGUUUCUCAUGGAGGAUCUUUCCAUGAUACAACGGUCGAAGAUGUGAAGUCUUUUUCAAAAACAAUGAUUUUCAUCUUUGUCCUGCUGCCUUAUUGGUUGGUCUAUUUUCAGAUGUCAACCAGCUUUCAAGCUCAGGGACUUCACAUGAAUCUUCAUCUUAACGGAACUUAUAACCCUGACUUUCAGAUUCCUGCCGCAUGGUUGACACUCUGUGAUGAAGCGUUCGUUUUGUUCCUAAUUCCUCUUCUCAACUUCGUUAUCUAUCCUAUUCUGGACAAAAAUAAUAUAACAACGGCUCCUUUAUGUCGUAUAGUCGUGGGAAUGUUAAUAAGCUUACUUGCUGUUAUCGUGGCAGCUGUCGUGGAACAUUUUCGUUUGGAAAUCUGGAACCAAGGGAAUUCAAUCAACCAAAUUAUUAGUAAUACUAACUAUAACGCAAGUGCCAUGUCCAUUUUGUAUCAAAUACCUCAAUAUUGUUUGAUCGGGACCGCUGAAGUUUUCGCAGGAGUCGCAGGGCUAGAGUAUGCUUACACUACAGCUCCAAGGUCUUUCCAAGGAAUCGUACUAGGGCUUUAUUCAGCAAUUGAGGGACUAGGAUCCUUUCUUGGUGUUCUGCUUGUCCAAAUAACACGUUCUCUACAGUUGGGUUGGAUUCGAAGCGAAGUUCACUUCAAUCAAGGCCAUUUGGAUUACUUUUUUUACCUUCUCGCCAUCAUUCAGUCAGCAGUCGUUAUCAUAUCUGGAUUAGUAAUGUAUUUAAGGUGGGAACCGCCUCGCCGAGAUGCUCACCUCGAAGAAACUCUUGGAGCCAGUGCAUUACACAGUGAAUAUUAUCAAGCUAUUGAAAAUUCGUCCAUCCCAGCACUGCCAGUGACCUAAAGUCAAAAUUUCUACGCAAUUGGACGUUUUCUCUCGUUCCGUUAUUGUUAUUAUGUUAAGCGCAACUAUAACAUGAAGCCCACGUACUCUCAUUUAAUUGUAAUUUCGUGUAUGGGAUGAAAUGGAUCUGUGAUUUAAACAGUUACAAAAGACGAA